GUGCUUCUCAAGAACCUGUAUGUCUUAUCUCCCAUUUUCCAUUGCUUUCGUUUCGUUUCUUUCGUUCCUGGAUCAUUGGGAGUGUUCAAUGCGCGACCAUGGAACCACAAAACCCUUCAAAGUCCAUGAAACCCAAAAAAGAACCGAAGUCUAACCUCCUUAAAGGAAUCAUGAACAGGUUCCUAACAAAAAAGCGGGCCAAAAAGGCUCCCGUCCCAGCCAGGGUGGAGGUGGACCUCACUGCUGCGCUCCCUUCACAAGAUGACUUUCGCACCAGUUUGAUUAUGCCCAAUCUGUCUGCUCGCUUCAGCAUGUUGAGAGAGCAGGAUGAUCCGAACUCGAUGUUAGGCAAAGCGAGUGACGACAGUGUUCUGACCCCACGGCGUCAAUCCCGUCUCCAUGACUUUGGCUUCAUGGCUGGCGGUCUAGCAGACAUCGCUGAAGUCUCUUCGAUUCGCAGUGUAUCACGACGACCUCAAAUGAAUGGCCGCCAGGAGUCAUAUGCCUCCGAGGAAGGCUAUGGAACCGAUGAUAAUUCGAAUAGCGGAAGUAUGAUGAGCCGAGCAAGGCCUGGCGAGGGAAAUGUCUUAUUCGGGGGACGACAAAAAGUCUACAAGAUCCCCGUUGCGACAACUGGAUCCGACAAAAGCCUGGGAAGUUCAUCCGCAAGUAGUGGCGCAAUGACCGGUAAAGUCGUCUACGAUGAUGAUCUCAGUCUCUCUGCUUUCCAGAAACAUCGCCAGGAAGAGAGGCAACGGCAACAGGCAUUGGAAGAGUUGGAACGAACCACACUAUCGGCCAACCCCCAGAGUGACUUCGAUCGCCGAAAUACCAGCUCCUCGACAAAUUCCGGGCCUUCCAACAACCAUCGGUCGUCCACUGCUGCCACUUCGGUCAACUCUCAAACUGCAAACUCCGCAACCCCCAGUUCGCCAGUCCUUCCCACCUCCACAAAGCCAGCCCAGAUGCCAAUAGACCGGUCCAACACGAAAGCGCGCCGUCUCUAUGAGCAGGGUCUCAAUCGUGACAUGCAAGACCAGCAGUCGUCUGCCAUGAACCGCUUGAACUCCAUCAACAAGAACCCUCGAAUGGACCGCGCUAUGUCGCCUCCUAUGCUAUCCCGCAACCGGAGUCCCUCGAGCGGACCAGAGUUCCCUCACCGCGCUCUACGAUCCUUCCGUGCCGCAAGCCCCCCUCCAUCCGGUGCGCUUCCGACACCCACUUCUCUAGAACCCAUUAGAGAUGAUCCGACCCCAUCUCCUAGAUUCGGAACUCUACCACACUCCCCCCCACAAAGCCCCCUAGCUAGCGAUACCGAGGAAAUCGGCCCUCUCAACUCCGCGAUCCGUCACGGGGACCGUGGGAAAGCAACGGCGAUGGGGGCAUUCAACCGACCGAAACAGUUCAGCGAAGAACAGUAUUUGGAACGCCAGAAGCAGAUCCGGGAGACUCGCGAGACAGGGCGCGAGUCACCGAUGUUUCGACGGGACAUGUCCCCUGCCACUGGAGCAGAACGCCAGAAGCCAAUCCAGGAGACUCGAGAGCCUGGUCGCGAGUCCCCAAUGUUUCGAAGAGACUUGUCCGGCGGCGCUGGACCGGAACGCUCGAAACCUCUACAGGAGGUCCGCGAGACAGGGCGUGAGUCCCCGAUGAUUCGACGAGACUUUUCGGCACCCCCUGGGCCGGAACGACAGAAGCAUAUCCCGGAGCCCCGCGAGGUAGGGUGUGAGUCCCCGAUGCUUCGACGAGACGUGUCUGUGGGCGCUCAAGUGGAACGCCAGAAGCAGAUUCUGGAAGCCCGCGAGACUGGCCGUGAAUCACCGAUGUUUCGAAGGGAUAUAUCCGCACCCGGUGGACCGGAUCGCCAGAAGCCGAUCCAGGAGAGCCAUGCGCCAGGGCGCGAGUCCCCGAUGUUUCGACGAGACAUGUCCACAACCGCUGGACCUUUCUCGAAAAAGAACGCUGGAAACAUGAAAGCCGGCGAAUCGUCUUAUAUGCGAUCUCGAUCGGGAACUGUGGAUUCGCAGUCGAAGUUCAGCUUCGAUCAGGCAAGGCCGGCGCCAUUAAAUCUGCAACCGAAAUUCCGCGCUCAGCAGCCAACGCCUCCCCCCGAGGAGCCUCGGGAGAAGCCGCAAGAGCAGCCGCAAGAACAACCGCAAGAGUGGAGUGCGUUUUCAAUCUUCCAAAAAGCAGCCAAUCAAAUGAAGACAGCGCCCGAUGAAAAGCCUGAAGAGCCACCGCAGCCACCGAGCCCACCGACUGCUCGGACUUUCUUCAGUUCUCCUGCCGGUAGUGAUACUGAGGACGAGCCUGAACCCGUAAAACCCGCCUUUACAAGUCCAGAAGUCCCAGCAAGGCUAAACAAUAUCAUACCACGAGCUGCUCCUCCCGUCUCUGAGCAUCCAGCUCUUCGCUCCCAGCCACCGCUCGAUUUCGAGCUGGAUCCACCCCCAUUCUCGAAAUUCCUGAAAAAUGAAGGGUCAAGACCGUCAUCGCGUGCGCGUGCGUCAAUCCAGGAGGAAGCUGACAACCUUGAUUCUCCUACACUUAGGGAUAGAGAUUCGGGCGCAUUGGGUGGAAUGGUCCAGCACCUGCGCACGAGCAGCAAUGUUUCUUCCGUAUACAGCGUGCAGCCCUCAACACCGAAGCUGCCGCUAGCAGUUCAGACUGGGAAUGUUUCGGGUGUAACCAACGACUCCCGUGCUGGUACUCCUACGCAUUCAAGCUACAGCCCCUCAAAUCCCUGGGAUCUUGAGGAUCUUGAUCGUGCGUACUUUGGUGAAGCGGACAGCUCGGGCGUCAGCCCUAUCGAAAUGCCCAAAUCGAAAGCUGGUGGCAAAGCUCUGAACGGAUUGGAUGCGCAGAGGGGGUACAUGCAGUCAUCGCUUCAGACAGUCGAGCCCACUUGGGAGCAGGAAUUGAAGACGAAACACACUCGAGAUGCCAGCACCGCGACGGCCCAUGAGCGAGAAGCAUUUGCAAACGAAUUGGAGCAGAGGAAGAGGGCGAUACAGGAGAACUUGCGCAGCAAAGUUGCCAGUACUAUGCUAGAUUCUGAUAAAGACCGAGGACCGAGUCAGCUGCCUGGGAUCAACAAGGUCUUCGGCACACUCCGGUCUAAGACCAGCCGCGAUUCGAUGAACAAGGCCGUGGACCCCUCGACAAAGGCAAUGAAGAUGCUUGGAAUUACUGUAAAUCCGAACGCAAGCACCUCAGCGCUGCCGAGCAUCAAGGAUGGGAAGCCAUAUGGAUUCGACUACACGAAGUCGGAAUCGAAUCUGGAGAAAAUGGAAUCAAGACCGUCACGACCAGGCACGCGGCAAGCAAUCCACGAGGCUGAGGAGGAGAGCCACUUCAAGAAUCAGUCACCGCCAAUGUCGUCGAAAACUUCUGCAAGGAAUCGAUCGAGCUCGGAGGUCUCGAGCGGUCGUUCACGAAGCCGCCCGCCAGGAAGAUACAGGGACGACCUGGAGAAGGCUAUGAUGGAGGGAACCAGUAGCCGUGCACACAGCAUGUUCCCCGUGGACGAACCACCGACCAUCCCAGAAUUGGAACAAACAAUUCCCGAUCUUCCAUCUUUUGCUCCAAGUGGAAUGCGCAAUGGCCCUGCCCCUGGUAGCCCCGGCUAUUUCAACCAAGGCUCUCCCCAUCUGCAGGCUAGCGGAAGUCCCUCCCUUGGUUCAUCACGACCCUCUCCUGGAUUCUCGUCAACUAUGUCAAAUGGCAUGCCUUCACCUGCUCUCUCAGGCCGUCUAGGGUCGGCGUCGCCUGCACUCAACCCGUCUCGUCCCUCGCCGAUGGCAGCGCCCUACUCCGCCCACUCCACCCCUCCAGUCUCCAACUCCACUACUCCCGUCGCUCCCAGCUUCGAAUCCACCUUUCGCCAAACCACCACCAGCCGCCCCCGCAAGCGCUCCAUCCUGAAAUCCAACAUUUCCGAACCUAAACUCCUCUCUACCACCAAUAACAUCGACACCGUCGCCCUCCCCGCCGGCGCGUCCCUCGCCAACGGCAUGAACGAACUCGACCCGCCGCCUCUCCCCCCCAUCAACCCACGGAGACGCCGCUUCGGCUUCGGCCGCACGGCCGGAGACGCCACGCCUCCUGACAGCGCCCGCACCAGCCCGCCGGGGACCAGCUACGCGGAUGGCGGAGUCGGGAUGGCGUACAGCGCCGACGAGCAUGAGAGGGGGACCCAAUCAGUGAGUCGGUUGCGGAAAGUCACGAGCGAGGGGUGGGGACUGAACGGGCAUGGACGGAUUGGACAGGGACAAAGAGCCAAUGGCCACCCGCCGGCGAUGCCGGUGUUUGGGGGCAAGCGAGGGCCUAGUCCGCCGAGGGUGGUGAACGGGAUGUUCUAA